AUGAAAAUCAUCAAAACCGAUGGAAACCCGUCUCCUCCGCAUUCUUGUCGUCUGUUAUUUUUUCCCUCUAGUCUAACUAUUCUUGUAUUUUCAUGUAUUAGCGCGUCAAGAACAAGAAAGUACACUAUGCUCCUGAGGACGUAUGACGACAAUGUCUUAAUGCUAAUACCGUUACACGCAGCACCAGAAGAGUGUAUGAAGACCACAAUGCGAAAAUUCUCCCCGUCCACAGUACUUCUACUUGUACUUGUGGGAUGUAAGAUUUUAUUAUUCAGAACAAGUCAAUUAGAAUUAGUAUGAGAC